AUGACUGACUGGUUCCGGAACCUUACACAGUUGGUGAAGAUUUCCUUUAAGUGUAGCGAGCUAAAGGAAGAUAAAACCAUAGAGAUACUUGGGGAGCUCCCAAAACUGAUGCUCCUUCGAAUUGAUUACCAUGCAUACCUUGGGGAUAAAUUAGAGUUUGGAACCAGAGCGUUCCUGAACCUCAGGACUCUUCAGAUUUGGUGUAUGGAAGACCUGAAAGAGAUUAGCUUUGAGGAGGGCACCUCCCCUCAGAUGGAAAGGAUAGAAAUCGGGUACUGCAUUUUGAAGUCAGGGAUUAUUGGUGUCAAGCACCUUCCAAGGCUCAAGGUGAUUUUUCUCGAUUAUGCUUCCAAGUUGGCAAGGCUCCGCAUGCUGGAAGAGGAAGUGAACGCACACUCCAAUCAUCCUGUCCUGCAGAGGACCGAAGCCACCAUGACCUGGUAG